AUGGCAGCAAUUGGUGAAGAGGAGAUGGAAUUAAGUCAGCGUUUAUUGGAUGAUCAAAAGAAAAAUCAAAUUGAAAAAUAUUUCAGUUUGGUAAAUAGUGUCAAAACAAUAAGUCGAAUGGGUGCUUAUGGCAUGGUAGAUUUACACUUUGUUAGUUGUUAUGGACAAAAAGAAAUUAUUCAAUUCGUAUUCACAAAUAGUGCAUUCAUGUCACUAGAAGGUGUUUCAUCUGAAUUAGUACCAUAUGAUGAAUCGAACAAAGAUGCAAUUAAAACUUUAGUCUUAAAAACUUGCAAUUUGCAUGCUUUUGAAGAAGAUAUGCCAGAUAACGAUUAUAUUGAUUGGUCAUUAAAUGGUGAGAACUUAGUAAAAAAAGCUAAAGAAUUUCGUAAACAAAUUGAUUUAUAUAAAACGUAUGAUAAUCAACAUCAUUUAAUAACAAAAAUAUUAAUUGAAAUAAUUGAAUAUUAUUUAAACGAUUAUUUAUUUGAAAAAGAACAUUUUUCUUUAGAUCACAUACGAGAGAUCCAGAGUUGUUUUGAAAAAGCCAUCGAAGAACAAAAUUAUUUAAUAUAUUUUAUUAAAGCAUAUACAUUAACAAAUAAUUUUCAUGGUGUUUUAAACAAACAUCUUGCAUUAUAUAUAUUACAUUAUUUUGAUACACCGUCCUCUUCUUCUUUGCGAACAAAAUAUCGUUUAAUCAAUUGUUUAGUAUAUAUUGUUACUUUAGUAAUUAAUCAUCCAGAUAUACAUAAGUAUAAAUAUAAUGGUAUCACAUAUCGUGGCGUAUUAAUGAACAGAAAUGAUUUAAAAUACUAUACCAUUGGUAAUUAUAUAUUAAAUCGAUCAUUUGUAUCAACAUCAAAAAAACGUUCGGUUGCUCAGGCGUUUGCCGGUGAUGAAAGUUUGGUAGGAAUAUCAGACCAACAUCAGUCAACAGAAGUACCUGUUUUAAUGAAAUACACUAUUACACAAAAUCAUUCAGCUAUUGAUAUUGCAGCCAUAUCAACAAUACAAGAUGAAGAGGAAAUUUUAAUAUUACCAUUUUCAGUAUUUAAAGUUAUAGAUAAAAUUGAAAGUUACUCAAAUAUGUCUUUGCCAGUGUUAGUUGAAAUUGAUUUAGAAGAAUGUGAAGAUAAUGAAGAAAUAAACAAUCAAAAACAGAAAAGUGAGUAG